GGUGCAACAGUGCAGCUAGAAAGAACAGACCACUUAUGUUUACAUGUGUAUGAAAUGUCGAUAGUACAUAUACAUUUGCGCGAAAUGCUGAUGUAAAAUAAAUAUAUGAUUUAAAUCGUUUAUCUUUGAUUUUGAAGAUGGUACACUCGUUUAAUACCAUUCUGUGUAAAAAAGAGUUCUGGAGAAUAAACGUCGUUUUGAAAGAAUAAACAUUUUUUAAGGUUAAAAAAUUAUCAAAACGCAACCAAGAUCCGAUUUAAAUAUUUACUCCGAAUAAAAAUCACAUUUCACACAUACAUUUAGUCGAUGAUUUCAGUGCAAAGUAAAAAUGAGUACUCGAGUGUUGAAUGACAUUCACAACGACUUAAAGCAGCUUAUAACAGUGCUUACAUCAUUUGAGGAGGAUGAAGAAGGAUUUCGAAUAUGCGAACGAUUCUGUCUAACAAAUAUCAAACACCAUCGCUAUCUUUCUAUUGACAGUCACGCGACUAAGGAAGCAAUAAACGCACUAAUUACCAAAUUCUCUAUCCAUGGAAAAUAUGAGGUCGCCAAAAAGUUUCAAGAAUUGAUCGACACCUUCCUGUCGAGUUUCGAUUUUGAGCAACACCCACAGUAUGAUCUGCAGUGGUAUCUGUUAACAUUCCUAUUAGAUCUAGCCACUGAGACCAACAAGUCUAACUUGGAUAGCUUGAAACUCACGCGUGGGGAGCACAGUUUUAACAUAGCCACUGGAAAUGAGGAUAGCAUUACAGAAGAAAUAGACUGGGCACAGUAUUUGAAGGAGGGUCAAGAAGAUUUCUUCUGCGACUAUAAGAGCGACGAUAGCGAGAGCGAAUGGUCUGACUUAACGGAGGUAGAAGGAACUGAUGAUAUUCCUUUGGCAGUGGAAAUAUAUAAUACUCAAUUAGAUGUUGCACAGCCUCCAGAAGUUCUUGACACGAGUGCAAUAGACAAAUUUUCCUUGGCAUUGGUGCAAGAUCUCGAAUCUAGAAAAUGGCUUUUGUCAAAUGUUCAAACUGAUUGGUGGAACAAUUUAAAGUGUCAAAAGUAUCCCGUGGUUAAACGAUCCUGUGACACCAGUAUCUGUGAUAUAUGGCAUGAAACAAGUUUGUCAUCUUCGUAUAAAGCCACUCUCAGUGAAUAUCAAGUGUGCAGAGAAUUGUUAUGGAUGUUUUAUGUUCAAACGUCAAUGGUAGUGUUCCAACAGAACAGUAAAUCAAAAUUCUCAAUAUGUUCUGAUAUAUCUAUACCAAGUUUGACAACAACUGCUUUUGAAAGUAUCUUAAAUUCAUUCUGCGAAUAUUAUUCGAUGUUAUAUGAUAUUGAAAGGUUUGGAGCUAACUUGCAAUCAACUUAUAAUCAAGAAUCGAAACUUCAGAGUCCUCCUUUAACCUACGAAGCAUAUAACGCUGCACUUAGGCAACACUUGUACGAAUUUAAGACUGAAAUGGUUAAUAUAGAAAAGGAUAUUAUAAAACAAGAAAAUUGCAAUACCUUUUUAUCUUUAUCAUCUAAUCUGAGAAGACAUUUGAAUACUAUAAAAAUACUCUAUGAUAUACAUAGAAAUAUUAUAACUGAUUGGAAAGUUAAUCCUAAUUGGAAAUGCGCAUCUCGACUGUUAUCAUCUUUAUAUUAUGAGAUGCAAAAUUCUCAUAGUCGAGAAAGAACAAAUAUUUGUAUAAAUUUAUAUUUACGUAGUCUUACAGUUUAUCUUAACAUAAUUGAUACUUGGCUGAGUGAAGGACGAUUAGAAGAUUGGCAAGAUGAAUUUAUAAUUGCAAGGAUCAGAGAGAAUGAAGAGGAUGGAGAAACUGAAAAAUUUACAAUUCGAUUGUCCGAUGAUAUCUGCUUGACAGAUCCAAUUAUGCAAUUCUUAUUGCAGAAAGUGCUACAUAUGGGUCACAGUAUUGAAUUACUUGUUUCUUUAGAUCGAAUUACCGAUAUAUGGAAAAUGGACAAUGAGGAUGAUGACAUAAGGAUUUCAUUGAACGUCGAGCUACAAACCAAAUUAUUAUCAGAAAUCUCUAAAUAUAGUCCGCCAAUGGAAGAGAUAGAUACUGCACUGCAAAUAGAUAGAAUAUUAUUACAAGAACAUGAUGCGGAUAUUGAAAAGAAUAUUAUACAACAAUUGUCAGCUUUGCACAAUCCAUUUUUCAUGAAAGCUAUGGAAGACUACAUGCCGUGUGAAUUAUACAAAAAUGAUACGGUGGAUGCUCCUGUGCCCAAUACUCACAGUUCUAAAACAAAGCAAAACCAGAUACAUCACUUAUAUAAAGAGUACAUAUGUAUAUAUGUUUAUAAAUUUAUUAGGAUAAUAUUUAGACAUAAAAAUAAUAUAUUUUCUUGUAGAUUACAAAAAAUAAAAUAUAUAUUGCCAAUGCAAAACAUUUUGGAAACUACGUUAUCUGAGAUUUUAGUUUUACGCUACAACAGUGCUAGCAAAUUAGUGAAAAAUAUUAUGAUAGAGGAAUACAAGCUGCAAACGCAUUUGAAAUUAUUGAGGUUCGUUUAUAUGAUGGAAGCGGGACACGUUAUGAAUAAAUUCUAUCAAAUCUUAUUUCACGAGAUUGAAAAUAAUCAAAUGUGGGCUAAUUCGUAUUUUUUGUCGUGUAUUCUCGAAGAGGUAUUCUCUCAAUAUUGGCCAGAUACAAGUUCACGCUGGUCGAUUACGGUUCAUGGCAAUAUUAAUACUCAUCAAGUAUUACAAGCUGUAAAUAGUAUAACACUGAAUUAUACAGUAGAAUGGCCUAUAAGUAUAGUGUUGACUAGGAAAGUUUUGGAAAAAUACAAUGAAAUAUUUAGAUUUCAACUGAAAUUAAAGUGGGCUUUAUGGACGUUAAAUAACUUGAGAUUUUGUGAUUUAGAGGGUUCUAGGUCAUCGUGUAUAAAAGAUAGAUUGGAACAGUUUCAUAUAAGACGUCUCGAGACUUUGAGAUUUUGGUUGCUGCAUGCAAUAGGAUCUAUACAUACGUAUUUGUCUGGUCAAGUAUUACAAAGUCUGGGUUUUAUAUUAGAAAAAGUUCUGACUCAGGCAGAUAGUCUCGAUACAAUUAUAUCAGUGCACAAUGAAUACUUGAAUAAAGUUCAUGAGCAUUGCUUAUUAACAGAGGAAUUUGAAGAUUUAAUGACUACUAUAAAUAAUAUGAUCGAAAUGUGUCUUCAUAUACGAGACCGAUGGUCACGCAAAAAAUUAUUGUUAGCCGCUGCAGAAUUAGACGUGAUGGAACACAGUUACAUAAAGUACCAUACAUAUCUUGCCUUAGCUUUGCACAACGCGGUACAACAUAAGGACGCGGAUUAUUUGACUGCCUUAAGUUCAGCCUUUAAUUGCAGUAUGCCGUGUGCUUAAUUUUAUAUUAAUAGAAUGUCAACUCUCGUACUGAUUUAAUAAUGUGCACCCCGAGUUUUCCAUUUGGGAUUAACGACAUCAAUUCCAUUUCAUUUAUAUCAAUCAUUGCUUUAUAUUACAAUAUACAUGUAGUAUUUAGCCGUUGUACUAUUAGAUCAGUAUAUAAUUACUUCAUCUAUAAUGUUAAUUGUAAUUUUUUAUACUAAUUAUUUUUUAAAAUUGUUCAAAGAUCUGUAUUAUUUAUAAAUUUAUGUAUUUAUUUUUUAAAACAAUUGUUUUUGUAUAUACAUAUAACAAGAGAAAAAUGUUACUUUAUUUUUUAGAAUAAAAAUUGUUUAAACUGAUUGUUUUCUAUCGCUGUGUAA